GUGUAUUCAUUCGACCGUUGUGUUGCAUUGUUACACAGGGACAGGCACGUUUCGACAUAGUGUAAGUGAGACGUUAAAAAUACGGACAGAACUGUACGAAUCCGCAUGUUAGACAUGUCGACAAAGGCGAUAAUUGUAUUCUUUCUUACACUGACUGUACUCCUAUCCUUCUGUGAAGCAAUUAACUAUUGUCAACUAGGCAUCAAAAACAAAUGUAAGGGACCAAGGCGACAAGGUAAGAGAGAUGACCUUGAUGAUGUCAUGCAUGCUUAUGACGUCAACGAAAAACGAAAUAGUGACUUCUACCCGAUUCCUAUCCCCGACGACAAUUUAAGCCGGAAUGAGUACGAACAACUUUUCAGCAAUGUCGCCAAAAGAGACGACGACGAUGUGUACCAAGCCAAGACGAUGCUUCAAAAUUUACUCCGGAAUUAUUAUAAGCAGUACCAACGAAAUAAUUGGGAAAAGCGUUUCUUCUAGUCACGAGAAUGACGAAAUUGACGAUGCAGCCAUAUCAUUGUUGCGGACGAUAUUAGGAUUCCGACACGACUCGUACCCUUAUGUAACUACGCCGAACAACGAAUACUGAUCACGAUUUUUCUACAAGGCACACGUUUGAUCAACAUAAUCUCGCU